GUUGUCUAAAUCUUCUCAGGUUUGACUGGGGAAAGAGCCACAUUUAAAAGCAGAAGUUAUUCAGCAUAUUUCUUGGUUCUCUUAAGGGCUUCAACUAACCAAGCUUCAAAUGGCAAAUUCUCAACCGUUUUCUGAAAGGUAUGAUGAGUUGGAUGCGCCCCUGAAAAAUGAACUCAGUGAAAUUCUUAGUAAGAGUAAAUCAAUUGUAGGACCCACUACAAGAAUUAUACUAAACACAACAGUCGUAACUGAAGGAGAGUUACUGAGGAAAGAGAUCAUUGGAGAGAAAAAUGAUUACAAACCUCGUAAGGUCAUUCUGAUGGUUGGAGAAACGGGUACAGGGAAGACCAGUCUCAUCAAUGCAAUGAUCAAUUACAUCCUGGGUGUUAGAUGGGAACACAAGAUUUGGCUGGAGGUAGCCGAGGUAUCUGAAAACCAAACUGAGUCUCAGACAACAGCAGUGACUGUUUAUGAGGUUUUUCCAAAGGGCAGUCCAUUCUCUCUCACCAUUAUCGACACACCUGGGCAGGGUGACACACGUGGCCUUGACAAAGACAAACUCGUUCCUGAAAUUUUGCAGCUGUUAUUCAGAUCUGAGGAUGGCAUUCAUGACAUUGAUGCCGUGUGUCUCGUGCUGAAGGCAACAGAUGCUCGGCUCCAUGAAAGACAGCUGUAUAUUUUGGAUGAAGUUCUGUCAUUAUUUGGAAAGGACAUAGAAAAACACAUCACUAUACUCAUCACAAAUGCUCAUAAAACCGUUCCGAAAAAAGCCCUUGAUUGCAUCAAAGUAGCCAAAAUUCCAUGUGCAAAAACAACGAACGGUCAGCCUGUUUAUUUUAAAUUUAACAACUGUCAAAGUGAUUCCUAUGAUGAGGAAGACAGAGAGAAUUACAAAGACUUAUGGGAUAGUGGAAUUGAAAACUUCCAGCAGUUCUUUGCCUAUCUGAAUGGGAUACCCCCCAAAAGCUUAAACAUGACUGAAGGUGUGCUUAGAGCCCGGAAACAGCUGGAUGCCAAUGUCAACAACUUAAAGGACAGAAUCAAACUGGCAGAACUCAGAAAACAAGAGCUGGAGCAAACAAAAAACGCUUUACAGGACUGUGAAAAUUACAGACAAAAACACAAGAACUUUGAAUAUGAAGUUGAUGAACCCUACAAAGAAUUGGUCAAGAUAAACUCAUCAUGGUGGCACUUGACCACUCAGGCGACCCGCUGCACUGUCUGUGAGGAGAACUGUCACUAUCCAGGAUGCUGGUGGGUCAGUAAUCUCUCAAAAUGUAGUGUGAUGACAAAUGGUGAGUGCACAGUCUGUUCUAAGAAUUGUUCCCACACUAAACAUGAGAAAGAUGAUCAAAUAUAUAAGAUUAGGACAAAAGGGUAA